AUAGAUGAAAAUCACUGAAACUUCGUUGCUUUCACUUGAUCUGGAUCCUUUGUUGAUAAAGAGUUGUACAGGACGCCUGAGAUACUCAAUCCUCAGAAACAGAAGAGAUCCACUAGCCUUGAUUCAAGCAAAACAUGUACAUUGGAGAUUAUGCUCAAAGAAUCCUUGACUGGAGAAUCACUAUGUCUUCUUUUUGUUUCUUUUCAAGAUAUCAUAUUACAGUUAAGAAUAUCACCUUAAGGUGAGCGAUGAUUAACUCUCGCUUUACUUUAUGAUAUGGUAUUGGACAUCUGAUCAACCAAAAUUGUUAAGAAACGAGUAUAUCCUCACUAGAGCCCAUCACGUUGUGAAGCACAAAUAUUAGUAUUUGCAUUGCUUUCAAUUUAUCUAAGUAGAUUGGUUUCUAAAGAAAAGUUGCUCAUCCUAUAUCUUGAACCUCAUAUUGCUUCAAACUGUCUUGCUGCUCUAGUCCUAUCUAAGCUAUUUCAGCAGCUUAUGCCAACUGUUAUUUUCUUUCAUUGACAUCUAACAGAUUUAAUAUUCAAGUUGCCCUGCGGAUCUUGGCAGUGCUCCGCUAUGGCAAACGGUCAGCGACCAAGCAGUUUACGAUCACCUUUGUUAGAACAAAAUGAACUUCUGAGAACGAAUCCUUCAUAUCAAUCUUUGGCUAGAAGAUCUUCAACUUGGAAGCGAGCCAAUGUCCUUACACAAAAGCCUUCUGCCUUCCGAAGGCUUCAGUACUAUGUUCCCGUUUUGCAUUGGCUUCCAAAUUACGCAUUUACGAAUUUUAUUUGGGAUAUUUUGGCCGGAUGUUCUACUGCAUGUCUUUCCAUUCCCAUUGCUCUCACAUACUCUCAAACAUUCUUAGGGAUUCCCCCAGUUUACUCGUUGAUGGGUGCUUCCAUAAGUCCUAUACUUUAUAGCUUAUUUACGGCUAGUCCCUUGCUUAGUGUGGGUCCAGAAGCGGGCAUAUGUUUGCUAAUCGCGGGUAAUAUCCAUCAACGUAUAGUUCAAGAAAGCGAAAGUCCUGAAAAAAUGGCUAUUCUCAUUACCGGAAUGAUCACCUUUUUAACAGGGCUUUUUACUUUAGCAGCAGGAACUUUUCGGCUUGGUUUUCUUGACGCCCUUGUGUCUCCUGUCUUGCUUCGUGGGUGCAUAUUAUCUAUUUCUCUUAUUAUAAUGAUCAACCAAGCCAGUGUCAUUCUUGGAUUAACUCACAUUCAACCUGUCAAGUCAGAUCUUCCUAUUGAAAAAGUAAUAUUCAUAUUGCGCAACAUCUCAGAAUCUCACAGAUUUACCUGUGUGAUUUCAAUUAUUGGGAUUACUUUAUUUACUGCUUUUCGUCUAGGAAAGACAAAACUUUCUACGCGCUUUCCCAGAGUCGUCUCCAUUCCGGAUACGGUUUUAAUAUUGCUGGGAGCAGCAUUGCUUAGUAAACAGUUUCAUUGGCAUUCCGUUCAUGGAGUACCAAUUCUAGGUAAAGUUGAAACAAAGGUUAUCUAUCCUAAAAUUCCUUUUCCUGAAGUACACAGGCUGAAGUUUAUUAGCGAAUCUUUACAAACUGGUUUGACAUGUGCAUUCCUGUCAUUUAUUGAAACAGUUAUCGCUAUCAAGGCUCUUUCAACUCAAAGAAGCCAGAUAAUUAGGUCAAAUCGCGAAUUAUUGUCAUUAGGUAUAGCAAACAUUGGAGGAAGCCUGUUUUCAGGUUUACCUAUAUGCGGUGGUUAUUUGCGUUCGAAGUGCAACAUUCUUUCCGGUGCUCGUACUCAGGUUUCUGCUAUAGCAUGCGGUAUAAUUGUACUUUUAGCAACGCUAUAUAUUUUGCCGGUUUUUUCCCAUGUACCAAGUUGUUUGUUAGCGGCAAUGGUGGUUUCUUUAGCUCUUUCUCUAUUAACAGACGUGAUUUAUGAAAUUGCAUCGUUGGUAAAGCUACAUGCAUUUUAUGAAAUCCUCAUUAUACUUUCAAUAGCUACCAUAACAUUAAUGCUUGGCUUGGAAACUGGAAUUAUCUUUGGACUUGGUCUUACCGUUUUGCAAAUAAUACGGCAUGCGGCACGUUCUCGCAUCAUGUUUCGGACUACAGUUGAUGAAGAUGAAGAUGCCAUUUUGUUAGAAGAUCAUGCCUCUUGUCGUUCUCAAAGAAUUAAUACAUUCGCUGUUGAUGCCGAUGAUCGCCUUCGUGUUCUUGUGGUCAGAAUCCCUGAACCCCUUUUUUUUGCUAAUGUUAGUCAAUUAGAAGACCGAUUGAGUCGAUUGGAAAAAUAUGGACAUCCACGCAUGCAUCCUGGUGAAACUCCUUAUCACUGUAUUGAAGACCUCGAGGUCAUUGUUUUCGAUAUGGUUGGCGUUUCUUCUAUGGACUCGAGUGCUUUAUUUACCUUUCGUCGAAUCUUGAUUAGAUACAAAAAUUAUAGUACCAAGGUGUACCUUGUUUCUGUUGAUCCUUCAAUUCUGCGGAUUUUUGAAAAGCACGGUCUUAUUGAUAUCAUCGGCGGAUUCAAUCAUGUCUUUGAAAGCAUGAAGAAAUUGGAUGCUGCACCUGAUUUAGAGACGGGAUUUUCUUAAAAAAAUUCUCUUUUAUUUAUUACUCUUUGUCAUUAUACCUUCUAGUUGUCCUUGAUUCGUUUUAAGCCUUACAUAACUCUUUCCUUUUCCACUUCAGUAGGCUUGCAUCGUGCUCGAGCCUUACAAACGUUUCGUUAAAGGUUUCCGCCCCAACUCUUAUUAUUCCUAUUUUCCUGAUUAAUAUUUUUGGCUUGUUUUAUUUAUUGAAAAGCAUCUAACGUUUUCUUGUAAUACUUAAUGAUUUUUAUACGUCUAAUAAAGAUCAAUUUAUGAAGUCGCUGAAUUCAGUAUAUUCCCUUGAAAAAAAAAAUUAAGUAAUGCAAAGCACUAGUUAAACUAUUGGUAUAACUCACACAAUUCUUUUUUUUGUUUA